AUGGGUAUCUGUGCCUCCUGCCUUGGUGGAAAUCGCCACGAGUCUCCUGAGCGCACAGUGCCCAAGUCUGUGCGCGAUGUGUGGGAUGCUUGUGGCAGAUUGCAGUUGUCUAACAAUUCAUUCUUCAAGCCUGAAUCUUCACGUCUACUUGAUGAGGACCCUUAUCAAGCUGGAUAUGGCUAUGGAGCACUCCACCAAGCUCACCAGGCCAGCCAGCCGGAUUCGGAAUAUGUGAGACGUGAGAGAGAGGCGCUGGAAUCAAUCUGCCAGCGAACAUCUGACUCCGUCAUCGAUAUCUGGUCCAUCCAACCACAACCACACCUUCGGCCCCAAGCCACUCUUCACACCCCUAUCUCUUCAUCUCCUGCUCCAUCACAAAGAACAGAAACAACAACACUUGUUGCAUCUACUCAUCGCACGUCGCCGCCAAGCCGUCCCACCUCCGGCGCAUCAGGCACCGUCCCAAAACACUGGGGUGAAGUUGUCGUAAACCCAAACAAGAAACGUUCUCGUACCAAUAUCAAAACGGAUACUAAAUUCAGCCAUGAUGUGUUUGGAGUCCUCAAUGUCACCUAG